AUGACUCCCUGUUCCUCUCUCCUAAUCACUCCACGCUUUCAUCCUCGCUUCACAAUUCUCCUCUCUCAUCUCUCAACACUCUUCUCCCCCUUCGUUUUCAUGCUCCUCUCAGCACUCUUCUUUCUGGUCUUUUCCUCUCUCCUAAUCAUUCUACGUUUUCAUCCUCGCUUCAGAACUCUCCUUUUUUCAUUUUCCUACAACUCACUUUUUGCUCUCAAAUCAUUCAAUGUUGUCAUCCUCGCUUCAGGGACUCUCCUCUCUCAUCGUGCCAUAACACUCAAGUUUCCUCUCCUUCUCGCGUUUCACUCUAUUUUUAUACUCGCUUCAGAUCUCUUCUUUCUCGUCUUGUCAUGCCCAUUUUCCUUUCUUCAAUUACUCCGCAUUACUUUGCCUAAUAACUCAUUUGUUCGCUCUCUGGCGCUCUACUUUUCUCCUCUUCUGUUUGUUUCCCUACCAUUUUCCUUUAUUUUCGCUCUCGUUGCCGCCUCUCCCUUUCCCUCCUCUCAAGAUUCUUGCAUUCUGCCCAAUGCCAGUUACAUGGUCUAUUCUUCCUCUCACACUUUUGUUUAUGUCAUGGGUCCUUACCUAUAA